AUGUCCAGCUACCAAAACGGGCUAAUCUCCGAUUUUUCGGAUAUGGAAAAAGGCCAGUGCCCAACGAAUAGUGGUGCAGAUACCAAAAACGAAUACCAAGCCAGCUCUGAAUCAACAUUGGACACCGGAUUUCAUGUGCCUUUUGGCAGCGCCUUUGACAAUCGUGGAGUUUUCGGCACUGAGUUUGAUUCCCAACUCAACGCUUUCGGAGUCGAGACUACGGACGUUGAUUCCAGCACCCUUGAAUUGGCUGAAACUUUGGGCACUGGGCUUACCUGGAAUCUCGAUGCUUCUAGGGCUUGCGGUGCUGAACCGUAUACACCAGUCAGUGCCAUCAACGCUUCUGGAUAUCUAAACCCUGGGUCUUACUCUCUCUUUGAUACACUUGGAGAUUAUGGCAUUAAUUACGAUGCUACUAUUCCCAACGUCUGUAACACUCCUGGAUAUCUGAACAGUGGGUAUAAUUCAUACUUCGUUGGCCCCUACAACACCGAGGCCCCUUCAACGCUUAGUACCAUUCACAAGCCUUCGGUCUUGGGCAAUGGGAUUUACCUAGAUGUUACUCAUUCUUCCGAGCCUCCGUUGAUGGCUCCCAGUGCCUCUGGGGCCUCUUAUGAAGCUGGUUUAACCUAUGACCUCCCUGACCCUGCUAAAGCGACAUUGACAGCUCCUGCCAAUCUUUUUAGCUGCAAUUACUCUGGUUGUUCAAGAACAUUUAAACGAGAGACCUGGCUCACACGCCAUAAAGAGAAACAUGCCUCUAAUACUGUCUUUUCCUGCCACUAUCCGGGUUGCUCAAAAACAUUUGGUCGACAGGCAGAGCUCAACCGUCAUGAGAAACGUCAUGGACCCUGUGAUGAGUUCCGCUGUGAGGACUGUGAUUACCAAACUGACCGGAGAGACCAUUUGUCUUCCCACCGGAAAUACAAACACCAGCGCACCCACAAGAAACAUCUGUGA